CUUGGGAAAGCAGCCCAGCCGCAGAUUCAUUCAUUCUUUUCUUCUGAAACAGCCGCAGCAAUUUUAUUUUCUGCACUCCGGGAACUGAUGCAGCAGCAAAUAGAAGACCAAUGGGUGCCUAAACUUCAAAUUUUCCUCAAUUUCUUUGAAUUCGAUUUAGAUUCCAAGCAAAGAUGGUGCCCAAUAUAAUGGCGAGGAGUGAUAGAAUCAGUCGACUCCCACAAGAUAUACUGGACCAUAUUUUGGUAUCAUUCCCUAUCCAAGAUAUUGCUAAAACCGCAGUUUUGUCUACGUUUUGGAGAGAUCUCUGGUUCACUCUACCACAGCUCUGCUUUGAUCUGCAAUUCUUUAGCUACUGUGACAAAAAAUAUCAGGGUAGCCAAUAUGUCGAGCAAUCCGGUGGUUUGAACAUAAUCAACAAAGUUCUCUUGCAGCAUAGGGGAAAGAUUCGGAAAUUUGUUAUCGAUUUAUAUGAUGUUCCAACACAAACCUUCACGUCUUGGUCUUUUGAUGUUGAUCAAUGGUUGCAUUCAGUCACAUGUAAAGGUGUUGCAGAAGUCCACCUUAAACUUGGGCAAGGAUUAUACAAGCUGCCGAAUUGUAUAUUUUCGUGCUCAACACUCAAGAGUUUACAUAUUUAUGGUGUUCGUAUUUUACCAAUAGAUUUUCCUCGCACGUGACCAAGUCUCUGUUGGGUGUGUUUCGGAAAAACGAAGAAAUAUUAAUUAAAUAAAAUUAAUUAAUAAAUAAAUAGCUAAAAGAAAACAAAAAAUAAGAUGGAGCAGAUUUUAGCAGAAGCUCGUGCUAAAAUACGUCACCUCUCACGGUGCUAGGAGCGUUGCAACUACCGUUUCCCAGGAUACGGUGGCUAACGAACGAUCGUUUGAGCACAAAAACAAAAGUUCCGGCGAACUGGAACACUGUAUGAACACUUAGGAAAUUUCGGAGUAGCUGGAAGUGUUUUUAGCUCAAGAAAACGUGAGCGAUGUAUUGUGUGUUGUCUUGUUGCAAACCACUUGUCAGCCAUUUAUAGGAGGAUUUGUUGUGUGUUAAAUGGGGUGUUAAUGGACCUGAACGUUGGACAUCAAUGACCAGUUCGUUGGGCAUUGAAUCAUCCAUAAAUUGUCCAUUUAACACUGCAUUAAAAGACAAGAACGUUGGGCAUUUAAUGGCUGUAACGGCUUGGAGCAGUUCUGGUGCGCGAUCAGCAUACCCCCAUCAGAAUUGGAGCAACGUUGAUGCUACCAAAAUACCUCCACCAGAGUUGGAGCAACUCUGAUGCGAAGCUAGCAGAGCACCCCCACCAGAGUUGGAGUGUCUCUGGUACGAAGCCACCAGAGUUCGAGCAGUUCUGUCCGAGCACCUCUGGUCCUGGGAAAAAUAAAACGUUACGGGAAGAAACAAAAAUUAGACCGUAUCUUUGAAUGAUAGAUUUUCGGACGACAUUCGUGUCCGCAGGUCGCCCACGCACACGCGACGUGAUUUUUCUUCUCCGUUUCGGGAUUUGAUCGGCACCCCCUGCGCGUAAGAGAGAGCCUUUCCCUUUAGGAAUCUUAACUCCUUAAAAGAUGCUUCCCUUUAUAAGGGGGUGAAAAUCCCUCGAGUUUUCCGGUGUGGGAUAAAACACACUAGAAACCCAUCAUUUUCCCAGUUUUUUCAUUUCAACGAAUGAACUUCGAGAAUCAAUUUCUCAUUCACCCGUUAUCCGUUUUGAGCGUACCAAAUAUCGAAUUGUAGUCCUUAACAAGGACAAUCCGAAACCACUUUGACCCGACCCAAAUCAGAAGUGGACCCACUCAAAUAAUUGCCCUAGAAUGAUCAUUUAAUGCAAUUUUUAACACAUUUUCCCAACAGUCUCACCUCGCUAUAUUUUAAAGCUGUUCAUUUUGGUUAUUUUGGUCCUGUCGAUUCUCCAUAUUGCGUUGUUGAUGUCCCGAUGCUAAAGAAUUUGUCAUUUGGAACUUGCAAGAAUAGUUCACACAUCAAAUUCACAGCUAGAAACCUUUGCAGUGUGGCAAUCAGAAAUUGUUCUUGUAGCAACUUGUGCAACAUUUUCCCGCUUGCCUCUAUUCGUACUCUUGAUUUGGACUACUUCUCUCCUAAGGUGCUUAUAAAAGGACUUCCACAACAAACAGAUGCGACAAAUGUUGAAUUGGUGAAGCUUGCAGAUUUUCAUUUCCAAAACGAUGUUUUGGCAUCUUCAUUCGUACGCUUACUGUGCGUAUGCCAGAAGUUGCACAAACUUGAAAUAAGAUUUUCGUGGACAGAUACUAAGUGUAUAGAGAUUCCACUCCGAAGCUGUUGCAAAAUCUUCAUACCGUGGUUCGAACAUGUAAAAAGCUACACUGGUUGAAGCUUAGCUUAUAUAGGGGGAUUAAGGCCCGAAAUGCUUUUCAUAAAAGGAGAUACCGGCUUCUCUUCCCACACUUGAAAAAGUUAUCGUCAUUUCUAUGGAGGAGCAUAUGCUUGACAAAAUAAAGAAACAUGAAAUUAUGGAAGCAAUUUUGCGUUUUCGCACCCAUCUACCCAUGCAAAAAUUGUUUAUUACUGAUUGUUUUUCCAAGUUUAAUUACCACUAUAAAACGCUUCAUUUGGAUGAGCUAUGUGGUAUAUACUUCACCAAUUGAAUGCCAACGAUAAUCAAAACUAUCAAAAGGUAAUUAGGUGUCUAGUAUGCUUAUACUUCAAACAUUGUUUAUUAGUGGCUAUGAAUGUUUACUUGAGGAGGUAAUUCGAGGA